AGAAAGCAGCGCUCUCAGGGCACCUCCACCAUGGCCUGGGCUCUGCUCCUCCUCAGCCUCCUCUCUCAGGGCACAGGGUCCUGGGCCCAGGCUCCCCUCACUCAGCCACCCUCAGUGUCUGGGACUCCAGGGACGUCAGUCACCAUCUCCUGUGCUGGGAGCAGCAAUGACAUUGGGAGGUAUAAUGCUGUCUCCUGGUACCAACAGCGCCCGGGCGUGGCCCCCAAACUCCUGAUUUAUGGUGUCAGCACCCGGCCCUCGGGGAUCCCUGAGCGCUUCUCUGGCUCCAAGUCUGGCAACACGGCCACCCUGACCAUCUCUGGGCUGCAGGCCGAGGACGAGGCCGAUUAUCACUGUUGCUCAUAUGCAGGCAGUAACACUCUCCACAGUGGUGCGGGCUCAUGGGGAAGUGAGACCAAAACCCGCCCCGGGCUCCCAGGUGCCCUCCUUGCUCUGAAGAUGUGUCCCCUCCCUGGGCAGGGCCUCAUGCGGGAGGGCCUGGAGUGCACAUCCCCCUCAUGGCUUCUCUCCUUCUACCUUGAAGUUCAACAGAAAAACACUGUCAUGAAGUUCUGGGUAUCAUGUCAGUUUCCGCUUGCCUGUGUCAAGUGUCCCCUGAGGCAAGUCUAUCCUGGAUUCCCAGGGGCAGAUGGAGAAGCACACGCCUGCCUUUCCCUGCUGUCCUCGGGGAAAUCUGACAUUGAAUUCCUCCUCUCCGCACAGCUCCUCGCCGCCCUGGGUUCAGGUCUCCAGGAGUGA